AACUUUAGGCAUAUCAGUGGUACCGGAACGGUACAAUAACAAGGGGUGUUGCACUAGAGGAACAAAGAAGAAAAGAAGAAGGUAUUCUCCGAUAGCGAUUUCAAUAAUGGACAAUAACAGCACAUUGCGUCCUGAAUUAGUUUGGAUUGACGGAAGGUGUUAUAGAUUUUGUGAUAGCGGUGCAUGGUCCAAAGAUCGUGGCACGGCUGCUUAUCAGGAAGAAUCAAUGUAUCUGGAAGAUGAUUACGAUAGUGAUGAGGAUUCUGCCAGCGAGGAGUUUGAUGUGCAACCCUACAAUGGCAAAUUUAAGCACACCUUUUAUCUCGCUAAGCCAUUUUUUCCUUUUCUCAUCGGCACCAAAGGAUCGACCCGUAAAAGGCUAGAAACUGAGACGUCGACAUCAAUUCAAAUCCCAAAAUUAGGCCAGAAUGGAGACAUUGUUCUAGUUGGUCCGACACGUCAGAAAGUUAUUAUGGCUCGCCAUCGAAUUGACAAUUUGAUAAAAACAUCGAGAAAGAAGUUGUAUUACACUCAUUUUAUAUCAAUACCCACAAACUGUGAAAGUGUUCAGAAUGGGUUCCAAAAAUUCAAGGAGUCAGUAUUGGCUAUAAAUGAGCCGAUGAGGGGUGUCGAAGAAAAAAUAUUUCAAAAUCCAAAGAAGAUGCACCUCACUAUCGGCAUGCUAGUUCUGGUCGACAGCACAGAGAGAGAAGAAGCUGUGAGGGCGUUAGAAUAUUGCAAAGAAAAUAUAAUUGCCCCUGCUAUUCUCAAAAAUGGACCUCUAUUGUUAACUGUACAAGGAGUCGACUACAUGAAUGAUGAUCCUGCUGAGGUGAAUGUACUUUAUGCCAAAGUACACAGUAAGGAUAAUGUUCUGCAGGAGUUAGCUGAUCAAAUUUCGGAUCAUUUUUUCGAACUUGGCUUCCUCAGAAAAGAUGCAGAUAAAGUGAACCUACACAUAACACUGAUGAACACAAAAUUCAGGAUACCUGAAGAUGACCGACGGGGAGCACAACGAGUGACAUUUGAUGCAACAAAAAUACUAAAGGACUUUCAUGUUCACAGGCUCAUAAGGAUACAAAGUUUGGUGAAUUUACAUUGAGUACCCUGCACAUAUCGCAGCUCCAUUCCGAAUCCAGUGACGGAUAUUAUGAAAUAACCGGAAAAAUUACUUUCUAAGAACACAAAUAUUGUUGCUCAUAAGGCUGAAAAUAAAGUCAAUUCCACACAAG